ACCUAAACAACGUGAUUUCGAGAUGCUAACAAAAAUAAUGACAGGAGAGCACAUGUUUUAACCACAGACCGAGGGCAGACACAAAUCCAGAUUGAUCUUUACCGACAUACGCGUGUCAAGUAGAGAAGAAACACGAAAUGGCUGAACAAUAUUCUGUUGUUACUCAAAGUGUUGUAACUGUCAGAGUUACAAGUACAGGGAAUACCUUUGGGUCUGAAAGGAGAUUCCAGAAAGAUCUGACAGUUGCUGAAGUAAAGGGGAAAUUGGAGCUUGUGACUGGUUCUAUUGCUACAAACAUGAAACUGGAGGUUUACAGUAAGGAGGACAAGCUGAUAUGUAAACUAGACAAUAACGAUGCAUUGCUUGGUUCAUAUCCUGUGGAUGAUGGCAUGAGAUUACAUGUAGUAGAUUCAACAGUUAAAUUAGGAGAAUUUGAAGAUACAUCUAAAGUAGAAAAAUUUGAACUGUCAGAAGAUGCCUACUCCAAACGAACAGAUUCUGUGAGGGCAUUUAAAGAGAGAAAUAAAAUGGGCAGAUUUAAGGAGGUUUCUCCAGAGGAACAACAGAGACUUGAUGAAGAAAAAGCAAAAAAGGCUGAAGCUGAAAAACAAAAGGCUGAAUCCAUGAAGGUUGGAGACAGGUGUGAAGUGAGGGUCCCAGAACAGCUAGCUAAAAGAGGAGAAGUUAAAUUUGUUGGUUUGACAGACUUCAAAGAGGGGAUUUGGGUGGGUGUGCAGUAUGAUGAACCUGUGGGGAAGAACAAUGGAAGUGUGAAGGGAAAGCAGUACUUUGAAUGUCCUGAUAAAUAUGGUGGAUUUGUACGUGUAAACCAUUUGGAAGUUGGAGACUUUCCGGAAGAAGAUCUUGGAUUUAGUGACGAUGAUGAAAUAUGAUGUCAUGACUUUAUCACUUCAUACACUUGUUCAUAUGAUGGACAAGCAUACUGUGUUCAAUUCACAAAAGAAAGGAGACAAUCUGUUUGAAAAAUGUUAAUUGAAUGUUAGUAGUGGAUAUGGACAAUCUAUGCGUGUAUGAUGGAAAUCUGUUUGGAAUGGAGAAGGACUAGUUUAGUAUAAAAAUGAAGAAAUUGGUGACAAGGUUCUGGUUGUAAAGUAUUAUGGUAUCCUGUUGGAACAAUUGCCCUGGGAAACAAAAGACUUUAGACAAAAGAAAAAAAAAUUUUUUUGAUUCUUUGAAAUUCGCUCUUAUCAUAUUUGUGAACUAUUUACAGUCGUAAAACUUUAUUAUAUAGUAAAAUUCACCCUCUUAAUUUUUGGGUGAAAAUGAUGACAGUUUAACAGUGGUGAAAGUUUGCCAUUAAACAAUAGUCCUUGUAAUAGAAAUCGUGCUAUGAUCAUAAUUGUGCUCUCAUUUAUUUUGAUAUCAAGAUUUAUACAUAUUUGGAAUAUGCCUGUUAUAUUUUGUUUUGAUAGAAAUAUUUCAGUUAAUUUGUCCCUUAUACAAGGUACUGCAAUAUUUCAUCAUAGUUAAUGCUUAAUGAAAAUAAAACUGAAUUCAAUGUA